GUAGUGCGAUUUCACGUUCUUCUUUGCAAUCGUUCCACAGAAAUGGUUUUAAAAUAUAAAGACCAGGAAAUCGUGUCACUCUGUGAUAUCCAAUGGCUUACAGCCAAGGAUUUACGCAUUACUUUGCGAUCCCAUUCAGAGUCGUCAGGUGGGACGAAGGCUGAUUUGGUGUUAAAAGUCUACGCAUUGCUUAUGCGAGAGAUUUUGCCAUCAGCUGCGAAUAGCGACGACACUGGAAGUAGUGGACCAAGCAACGAGGAGUUCACAUACGAUUCGACGAUGAGAAGGAUUUUGGCACUGGGAUGGUCGACAGAUCUAAGAAAUUUACCUGAAAUGAACUUUAGUCAGUUAUACGAUUACGUUGUGGUAUCCACGCGCAAGUAUCGUCAUAUCGUUCUAAAGGGAACUAACUACAAGAAACUCAAGUCUUACCAGUUCUAUUUUGAAGGAAAUGUGAAGAAGUUAGAAUGCAAAAACCACAACAACAAAAGGUACGUCGGGGCGAAUGUUUUACCUUCGAUGAAGAAGACCCCAUACCGAGUUGUUGUAGAGUUCUCACCUACUUGCGAUGUUGUGCGCGCUGCUUGUACUUGCCCUGCUGGACUUGGAUUGCAAGGCAAGGGAAAGUGUAAUCACGUCGGAGGGGUUCUUUUUGCCAUCGAAGAUUUUUCCAGGAGAGGUUUACAACAAAACCCAGAGCCUUUAACCUGCACAUCCCGCCUGUCAGUCUGGAUUGUACCUCGAAACCAAAGUGUUGCCGCGAAACCGCUUGACAAAGUACUGAUCAGAAAAAUCAGAUUUGGAAAGAAAAAUAUUCGCACACAGGCUAAAAUCAUAAAAUUUGAUCCAAGGGCCCCACAACAGCAAACUACAGACCUUGACAGCUUCAAAAAGCUUUGUAGCGCAUUGCAAAAUUGUUUGCCAUCUAGUUCAUUUUUUCUCUUCCAUGACAUUAAAUCGAAAUGCUCAGGAACAGGUAACACGUCUUCAGAAAAUGUGACAGAGAAUGAAAUUGCCAUUCCCUUCACUGAUAGCUACGACAUUGCAACGAAUCGUUUUAAAGACAUGGUGGAUGAACACGUGUCAUCGUGGACUAUCAGUGAAGAGGAAAUAAGGGAAACCGAAAUGUCAACAAGGGGACAGAGCCAAAAUCCGAUCUGGUUUGACAAGCGAAAAUCAAUUUUGACAGCGUCAAAUUUUGGAAAGGCAGCAAAAACGAAAGUGGAACCUUCCAAAAAACUUAAAGCAAUGCUUUACUCGAAUUUUACCACAGAGGCAGUGCAGUACGGUAUUGAAAGUGAGGAGAGGGCUGUAAAACUGUACCUGAGAGAAAUGCAACAACAAGGAUUCAGUUUAAAAGUGGAGGAGGUUGGCCUUUUGGUGUCCAGGAAAAAACGAUACUUGGGAGCAAGUUUGGACAGGAUUGUGACAAACAUGGAUCAGAACAGCAAGUGGGGUAUGGAAAUUAAAUCUCCUUUUAGUAAAGAAGGAAUGGACGUCGACGAAGUCUGCAGAGCAAAAACCUUUUGCUUUGAAAAAAUACCUGAUGGAACCAUAAGGUUAAAGAGAAACCAUGACUAUUACAUUCAAGUCCAAGGUCAACUAUAUUGUUCAAACCUAGACCUGAAAGGAAUUAUUUUUGUAGUUUACUUUGGUGAAGACAAGCCUCUAUUCAUAGAACACAUUUCUUUUGAUGCUAGUUGCUGGAAUGAGCAUCUUCCAAAGAUAGUUUACUUCUUUAAGAGAGCCUUUUUUCCAGAAAUGUUAACCAGGAGAGUUCAACGUGGAAAACUGCUUUACAUUCACGGUGGAUGGAUUCCAUAUGGAAACUAUUCCUGCACAUCAAAUUGUCUUAAAAUAACAUUUAAAAGAGCCCAUUGACAAUAAUUAACAUUAUUUUUCACAGAAAAAAAAAUAACUGUUUGAACAAUAGAAUUAUGAAGCUCCUUCCCAUAAAGACAGUUUAACUUGCAUUUGACUGUCAUGUCAAUCACUUUCCCUAUUUACACAAUGUACAAUGGUACCUUAUCUUGAUUUCACAUGCCCAACAUCAUCUUUUUUCCCUAAGUACUGACAACAUUAAUAUUUCUUAAUGUAAGGAAAGAUUACGCCUAAAUCAAUUUGAGCAUUAAAAGAACCAUAUCAGUUUUUGAGCUUGGCUGCAAGCUAAAAUAAAAUAGCUGCAAGCUUAAAUAAAAUUAGCCCAUUCAC